AUGGCUGAUCGUCCAGUGAGGACUUUCCAGAUGUACCUUAGUCUUCAGGACUUCAACCCCCAGCAACCACCCCUCCCAACUUCCAAAGGACCCAAACUCCCGUCGGCCCCUCUCGCGGGAGCAAACGAGGGAAUUCCAAGAGAUGAAAAGAAGCCACCUCAAUUACCUAGAUACCCCAACGCACACCAAGCACAGCUCGACUACGGAACACAGUCAAGGCCCUCGUCGCUUCUGGUCUCGAUAUUUGAACCUCAGGGCCGUCUCUCGCGCUGCCACACUGGUCUUACGCUGUACGACGUUGGGGGCCCGCCGCAACUGCGCGCCGAUCCUCUUGUCCCGCAGGCCGGACCACGCACCAUCAAUCGGAAUCCUGCGGCAGCGGCAGGAGAAGCAGGAGGGGAAGGAACAUCAGACGAUCGAGCUGCAAGAGGACCCUUUUUUCCGGUCUUUAGAAACGCUGCACAUGCAGCCACAGAACGUGUGCCAGCUUCCCACAUUCCCACACGCUAUGGAUACACUACCUACACCAACCCACCCUUGCGAAACGGAGGGGAAAGCGGCACCAAAAGGAUUGCUAUUUGUCCUCCAACUCGAAUACAUCCAGGUCCCAUGGAUAAAGAUACUGAUCCGGUUUGAAAGCUUUGAUGGCGUUGAUUGUACGCUUGGGCUUGGAAUACAUCAUGAUACACAGAGACUCAACAAGAUACCAGAGGAUACGGAUACCAGGUGAGGCUGGUCCCUGUCCUGGUCCUUGUCGUCACCGCUCCUCUGGGCCUGUCAUCCACGCUGUCUGUUUGCUGUGCGGCUCUUGGUUUUUUUUUUCUUCCCCUGUCUCUUACCGUCAUCUUACGGAUACAAGUUACACUGUCUGCUCUUGGUGCUUUAACCAGAACAAUUUUCCCGGCCCGCCUCCAUCCCCGG